AUGCCUUCGCUGGAACCAAUUCAACCCAGAACUCAGCCGAUCGAUUCAGGGUCCGAGGACGAAGCGGAUCCUGAACUGGUGGAGCUGCUUCGCCAGCAUUACGGGCUGAGCGGUAAGUCAAAUAAAGGUGCUCCGCCAGAGACAAAAGUGUUGGAGAAUGCUCAGUAUGUCUUUGACAAUGCCAUUGAUGUCGCCCUCAGCUUGACCCACACCAAAGAUGCGGCCGAGACAAUAUGGCGUAUGAUGCAGAAGAAAGAAUACUGUACCCAGACCUGGUCAGAGCACGAGCUUCAUCCGCAGACUAAAGAUGAGAGUACUGUGGAUUUCAUCUUCACGAUGGAUCUGUUGAAUUUCAGUUUUUGGUCAGAGCACAAAGAUGAGGAGCGCUUUGCGAUCGAGUAUCGUGGGCAGAAGUGGACUGGAUAUUGGAGUUUGGUUGCGGCUCUUCAAAGAGCCAUCGAUGAAGGCAUUCCUAUCACCACCCCCGAUUUCUGGGUGAACGAGUUAGAAUGUACAGAGGAGAUCCUUCGACAUGUCUUCCGGUCUGCUACAGACGAGGAGAUCCCUCUAUUCCACGAGCGAGUACAAUGCUUGCGCGAGGCUGGUGAAGUCCUGUGUAACGAAUUUGGAGGCAGCUUUGCAAACUGCAUUGAUAGUGCCAACUUCUCUGCCGCAGGCCUUGUCAACUUGCUCACGGAGAGCUUCGACUGUUUCCGCGAUGAGACAGUCUUCCACGGCAAACGGGUGCGACUGUAUAAGCGAGCCCAGAUCCUGGUCGCGGAUCUUUGGGCCUGCUUCAAUGGCGAGGACUUUGGAGAGUUCCAUGACAUUGACAAGAUUACAAUGUUUGCAGACUAUCGUAUCCCACAGAUGCUACACCAACUUGGGUGUCUCCGCUACUCUCCCCCACUGGAAAACCAUAUCCGUAGUCUAAAGCCGUUGACGCCAGGCUCGACUUGGGAAGUCGAGCUUCGUGGAACCAGUAUUUGGUGUGUGGAGCUGAUUAAGCGUGAGAUUGAGAAGCGGCACCCGGAGGUCAAGACCGCUGGCAAGUCUGUUAAGACUGGCGACAUUGAGAAUGAAGACUCUGAAGAGCCCACUGAAAACGCUGAGAAGCCACACAAAACCUACGGGAUCAAUGCGAUCCUCAUUGAUUUCUUUCUAUACGAUACAAUGAAGACUUUGGAAGCGGAGCACAACGAGGGUAUUCCCCACCAUCGGACACGGAGCAUUUGGUACUAA